ACGCACACACACUCGACGACCACCGAGACAGCAACACCAUUCCUCCUGUAAGACACUUCCAACAAUCAGAGAUGGCGAUGGACAGCUUAGAAAUGAACGGCGAUGCUGAUCGGAACGGGGAGACGGAGGAGGCAGUGAACGCCACAUCAGUCGCUCCUAUCACUUGUGAAAUGAUUCAAGGCGAAGUCAUGGAUAGAAAGGUUCCACUAAGCGGCCCCAGGAGGCGGCAAACCAGACCCUUAAACAUGAACCACUACGCCAACAAGAAGAGCAUGGCAGAGAGCAUGCUGGACGUGGCUCUGCUGAUGGCCAACGCCUCGCAGCUGAAGGCCGUGCUGGAGGAAGGCCCCGCCUUCUCCUUCUACGUGCCGCUCAUCGUCCUCAUCAGCGUCUCCCUCAUCCUGCAAAUCAUUGUGGGAAUUAUGCUCAUUUUCAUUGUCAAGUGGAACCUGAACGACGAACGCAUGCACUACAAGCUGAACAUCAUGGAGAACGUCGCAACGGCCUUCGUGUUCAUCAUUGUGGUGGUCAACGUCUUCAUCACGGCCUUCGGCGUGCAGCGGCCCAACACCAGCCAGUGACCUCCACCACCGACCUCUACUCGUCGGGAUUGUUGGCGUCACGGGCGGGAUGUUUACUCUGCCUGCAAACAAACUGACAAAUGCACCCGCAGGUGCGCUUGUUCUGGAAUUUGACCUUGCGGGCUCGAGGAGUGCAAACGAGGAUCAAAUGACUCGGACAAGAUCUCCUUUCUCCUCCAACGGUGUUCCGUGUUGUUUUGUUUCUCUUUUGCUGAAGUUGAACCAUUCUCAGGUCACUGUGACACACCAACUGCCUUCUUUAUAGCACACAUCUGUUGUCUUUGCAUAACAUCUUCAAUUUGGAUGUCAGGGGUCUCCAAAGUGCAGCCCAGGGACGACUUCUAGCCGACAGCUUGUUUUUUUAUUGGCCCGCAGCAUAUUCAAAACGCAGUGGAACCCACUUAUGUCCAUAACCUAUAUAAGCCCCUUUCCACCAUGUUAUUAUUGCUAAAAAGUGCCGCUUAAGUCGAUGUCGACAUACAUGGUUGACCACUUUUGACGACGUAAAAUGUGAGACCCAAAUGGGACGAUGAAAAAUUUGUAGCAUUAACUUCAGCAGAAAACAUCACUACUGUCUUGUUACAUGCACAGUGACUUUUCUGUUAGCUUCAAAAUAAUAGCAUGGCAGUAUUAACUCGUGUUCUACCUCAGCAACUAACAAAAUGCACCCGUUUACUUUUUUUUCUUUAGAUUGCACAUACAGUGUAUAUGAAAGCUUAGUCAUUGUAGCAUCUUCGUUAGAUAAGAGUAUAAAAUAUGAUAUGAUGAUGACAAAUAUGGUGUAAAAACAUAAGAAUCAACAUAACAGUCGGCACAAAUGGAGAAAAACCACAUCCAAAAAAUACUUUAUUGUGCAAGGAAUGGCUACUUUUGGUUUCGGGUUCGUGGACAACCACUUAUGUUGACAUGAGACAGCGUGUCCGAGGGGCGUGUGUUCCACUGUAUACAGUUAAACAAGAAAUCUUUAAAAAAUAAAUAAAUAAAUAAAAAGCAAGAGUAGGGAAAAAAAUGCAAAAAGUUGGAAUGUAAGGAGAAAAAGUUUAAAUGUUAAUUUUUUUGAAAUAUAGACAGUAUUUAUCUUCAUAGCAUACAGUAUCUACAUGGGUUGGUUUUAGCUGAAUAUUUUUUUGCUAAAAGUUUAAAAUAUUCAAUACAAAAAUAAUCAUACAUGUAAAAAUUAAAUAUCAAAAUGGCCCUAAAUCUGAUUUUUCAGUAUGUGUUUUCGGUGUAAAAGUAUGGAGAAAUGUAGCACUUGUCCCUUAACAGGACCUCGUGGCUUUUUUAUUGAUAAAAACAACCUUCCUCUAGAAUAUUGUAAAGGAUCUACCAAGACGGAGCUACAUUAUUUUUUCCCUGCUAUGCAACCACUACUGUAUAUUUUAUUUAGUUAAAGCCUUAAUGUGUCUUCCAUUCAAUUACUUGGAUUAUGUACUUACCUUUUUUAUAGCAUUUUUAAGAAUUUUUACUAUAUGAUGUAUGACACACUCUGACAACUGUUUAAAAUUAAAAGUAUGAUGAAAACAUGA